AUGGCUUUGCCUUUCAAAUAUGGAUUAUCGACGCCUGUAACGACACAUCAAUUUUUCAAGAGCUUCCGAGAAGCAUGGACGAAUAUCCUGCCUCGGUAUCAGCGCGCGCCGGCGAAUCAUAUACCGCGCCGAAUAGGAAUUGCGGUCAGUGGAGGCCCUGAUUCUAUGGCCCUGGCCUAUUUGUGUCGACAGUUGCAGGUCACUCGGCCAGAGCUCGAGUUGGAGGUGAAAGCGUUCGUGGUUGAUCACAAGUUCCGCGAAGAAAGUACAGAGGAAGCAUAUAAGGUCGCAAAAUGGUUAUCGAAUUUGAAAAUUCAAUCAGAGGUCUUGACUUUGGACUGGCUACCGGGGGAAUCCCCCAAGAUGAAAAUGGGCUUUGAAACUCUUGCGCGCACAAAACGCUAUCAGGCGCUGGGGAUAGCAUGUCUCGAAAACCGACUCAACACGCUACUCAUCGGCCACCAUCUGGACGACAAUGUCGAAACGGGCCUGUUGAGGAUGACUCCCAACGCAAAACUCGAAGGGUUAGCUGGCAUAGCGCCCGUAGCACGUAUCCCCGAAUGUCAUGGACUUUGGGGCGUAUCUGAGAGCGGGAACGUUGAAAUGAUACGCGGUCGACAACGGAGCUUUGAAUUGGAUGCCAAAAUGCGCAAAACGACUCAUUUCUCCAUGGUGGAUUGGUCGUUUAAUAUGGCUACUGGGGGCGUAUUGUUGUGUCGACCGCUGCUACCGUUUCACAAGUCAAGUAUUUUGGAAACGUGUCGGCAGGCCAAGGUGCCAUACGUAACGGACCCGACGAAUUCUGAUCCUACACUCACGAUCAGGAAUACGAUCAGAGGUCUGCUGGCAUCUGACAGGUUACCGCGUGCGCUCAGGCCUGCUUCGAUGAGCGCGUUUCUGGCGAAUAAUCGCGUCUCUUUACUCGAUAUCAUGAGCGAGACGGACAAAUUACUUCAGGACUGUCAGCUAUUGAAAUUCUACCCAAACACGUCAACCAUGGAAGUCAUAUUCCCCACGCUACCCCUGCAUUCACCAGACGCGCAAAACUAUCGAAUUUUGGCGGCUGCUCUGCGUCGUAUAGUGAGCCUGCUCACUCCACGGCCUGAAGUAAAGAAUCAAGCUCUCAGACUCUACGAGCGAUUUGCGCAGGACAUCUUCACGGGCCAGCAAAGAAGCGAUUUUACAGUUGCGGGCGUCCAUUUUCGUCUGCAGGAAUCUGUGAAAACCCAAAAAAAGACGGGUGAUGUGUUUGAUAAUAUCUGGCAUAUUUCGCGAACGCCAUUUAUGGCGGGCACAGAGCCUGUGCUUCACGUCGACAAGCUGAGUGAUGAGUGGUCGCCGGCGGUGCUGUGGGAUAAUCGGUUCUGGUUCCAGUUCAGAUUCCGUCCGAGUUCAAAGCUCAAUCCUACUGAUGCUGAAAACCAUAAUUCUGCAGACGUUGAAGAGCCUUCUUUUUCUGCUGCCGACGAAGAACUUGCGAGACUCCAAUCCUUCAACCCGCGCAUAACAAUCCGCCCCCUCGAAAGAGAGGACAUGAUCCAGGUGACCCGCUACCUCAAAAAGAUCCAGAAAAACUACGAUUUCACGCAGUGGGCACCUCGAAACUCGCGCUUCACAUUACCCAUUCUCACAACAACUUCCCGAGUACCAAACACAAACACGAACACAAACAACAGAAAAACGAGGAGAACGGGCUUGAUAAGAAUCCGAGGCGAUGCUCCGCAAGAACGGCAUAUGGGGCUCCCCACGCUGGGUUUCAUGAAUAUGGAUAUGGAUGAGGAGAUAGGAUUCAAGGUCCAGUGCCGCUGGACGUAUAAAAAUGUUGAUACGGAGGCGUUGAAGUUGAUGGGUUGGUCAGCGGAGGACCAGAAGGAUGUUGAUGGGUACCAUGCCCACUAUUAG